GCGAGACGUCAGUUCGCUAUCGCAUCGCGACACGGUCGGAUCUUCGCGAGAGCGUGGUGUGUCCUUCGUUAAUGAGAGGAGUGGAACAUCAAAGAGAAAGAGAGAGAGAGAGAGAGAGAGGGUGAGAGAGGGGGCGGGAGAGAGGGAGAAAGGAAAAGAUAACUAUAAAAAGAUAUCCACGCGUAAAAACGAGAAAACUAACGCGAAAAAGGAUAGAUAGAUAGAUAGAUGUGAUCGUUGUAAAUAAUUAGUUAAGAAAAAUCCGGUUAAAAAUGGUGAACGGAAAUCGUAGCAUUGAACCAAUACCAACAAGAGGAUAACAACAAGUGAGAAAGAUAUAAGAAGAGAAGGAGAAAGAGAGAGAGAGAGAGAGUGAAGAGGACAAGUAUAAUAUAUAGGCGCGAAUUCGGAUUAAAAGGUCGGCUCGAAAAGGUCCAAUUGUCGAUCGGUUUAAUAUUUCGCGACAAUGCGCGUCGGGAUGAGCCUAUCGUGGAUAACGAACCUUCGCGAAUAAGAAAAUAACAAUAACGGGGUUGUUUCUCGAGAGUCGCGCGCCUCGCUCUGCAGCAGCGUGAAGUUCGCGAAAUGCGAGGAGAGGGUACGAGGGUUAAGAGUUCGAGUUACUCGCGUGCAUCUUCGCUCGUUGGCGGGUAAUACGAACGAGAGGGGGUUGAAAUCUUUUUAAUGUAUUAUUCGUUAUUAUUCGUGUUAUUAUUCGUAUUAUUCGUCGUGUGCGCGAUUGUUUGUGAACCAAGAUAAUAAUAAUAAUAAUAAUAAUAAUAAUAAUAAAUUUAAUAUAAUAAUAUUAAUAAGUAAUAAUAAUAAAAAAAAAAAUUCAUAAAAAUAUAUAUAUUAAUAUUUAUAGUAAUUAUAAUAAUUAAUAGAAAAGGUGUCAGAAUAAAUAAAAUCUGUGUGUUCGUGUAUACAAGAAGACGAAGAGACGGGGUGUCGUUUUAGUCGUGUUAGUGACGGAACAGUGUUUGUUUGAGAUAGCGACCUCUUCAUUGGAAGGAGAUAGAAAACACGUGGAAUAAAAGAAAUAAUAUAAACGGACGUACGAGGAGAAUCACGUCGUCAACCGUCGCAUAGACCACAACUCGGAAAGGAAACGAACCUGACCCGCUUGCUGAAACGGGGUUCAGCUUCAACGUAUGAGGGAAACGUAUUAUGUGAGGUGAAAUUUAAGACGAGGGAAACGAAGAUGUCCACCAUCAGCGUUGCGACAUGGUUACUCGGAGUUGUUGCUCUGACGACGAUUAAUAACGGUGUUCAUUGUCAGAGUAUGUUGCAUGGUAGUAGUGGGAAAAACGGUGGCGAUAGCAGCUACCAGCAAAACAGUUUAGAAGACUCAUCACGUUCCGGCCCGUAUUUCGACAAGUCGGCCUCCAAGAACGUGACGGCGCUUCUAGGAAAGACGACGUACCUCAAUUGUCGUGUAAAAAACUUGGGCAACAAAACGAUGACCCUCCAAGUUUCAUGGAUCCGGCACAGGGACAUUCACUUACUGACGAUCGGUCAGUACACAUACACGAACGAUCAGAGAUUUCGUGCAAUUCACAAAGCUCAAUCGGAGGAUUGGACGCUCCAAAUAAAAUAUCCGCAACAUCGAGAUAGCGGUAUUUACGAGUGCCAGGUCUCGACAACUCCGCACAUGAGCCAUUUCGUGCAUUUGAACGUGAUCGAGCCCAAAACUGAAAUUCUCGGUUCACCAGAUCUUUACAUCGAUAGAGGCAGUACAAUCAACCUCACAUGUAUUAUAUUACAAAGUCCAGAACCCCCAGCUUAUAUAUUCUGGAAUCACAACAACGCCAUAAUUAGCUACGACUCAACCAGAGGUGGCGUGUCCGUGGUCACGGAGAAGGGUGAAAGUACGACGAGUUUCCUCCUCGUCCAGGAAGCCAAACCAUCAGACUCUGGACGUUAUACGUGUAAUCCUAGCAAUGCUCAGCCAAAGUCGAUUACCGUUCACGUACUCAAUGGAGAGUAUCCCGCGGCAAUGCAGCAUGGCGGUCAAGCGAAACAACCAAGACUCUACUCGCUGCUACUUUGUCUGUGCCUGCUUCUUUAUUAAAAAAAAGGAUGACAAGAAAAAUAAAGGGAAAGAAGAGGAUUCGUUUUAUCUUCGUCUGUCUCCUUCUAAUUUCUGUCUGUCUCGCUCUCUCUCUCUCUCUCUCUCUCACACACACACACACACACACUAUCUCUCUCUCUCUCUCUUUCUAUCUCUUUCUCUCUGUACCUUUUACUAUCUAUUUAACUCCACUUCUUUCCGUUUACCCAAAAACCUAUAAAAACUCGAAGAAAUCCCAUAAGAAGAAAGGAACAUAAUAUAAUGUGAAAUUUAUCUAAUCUUUGGAAACAAUUAAACGAAUAAAUAGAAAUGGGAGAGAGAAAAGGAUAGUAGAAGUUACAAGAAAAAAAUACAAAAGAAGAGAAAGAUUUUAUGGAAAAAAAAAAAAAAAAAAAGAAAAAAAAAAAAACAAAAAUAAAUACUGGCCUUUUUCAAGAACACGGAUUCCUUCCGCGGAUUCGUCCUUCUUUCGCAACCUUUAAUUUAAUCAGCAAAAUACUGAAAUAAUGAAAAAUAGGAAGACAAGAAAGACGAAGAAGAUGAAGAUGAUGAAGAAGAAGAAGAAGACUAAAUGAUGAUGAAUCGUUGUUAUCCCCAUCCCCAUCAAUAUCGUGACUUUUAUUGCGGCAUAUCCACGGAGAUGAAAAGAAAACUACAUACUCAACGUCCUUCGACUCGGUAUUAUAAUAUAAUCGAAACAUCCAAUGAAUUGUUGUUCCACAUUCAACGUUCAUCGCAACGACGAAUUUUCUUUCUUCCAAUAUCGAAAAUACGUGAUACUCGAAAUCGUUAUCAUGAUUGAUCAUCCAUCGAUCCUAACAACCGAAUGAAUUAAUCUCGAUCACUCUUGUCUUUUGAUUUUUAUGAAAUAAUUUUCAUUUUUUUUUUUAUUCACAAUUAUUAAAUUCAUUAACUUCGUUUACCCCUAUCUCAUCGUUUCUCCGCGUAAUUUUUCUUUUAAUCUUUUUUUUUUUUUCUAUUUUCAUUUCGUUACAUUUACCUGAAAUAUUUCUUUUCCUACUAUUAUUUUUUCUUUUUUUUUUUUUUUUUAUUGCUGUUCCCUCGCAGUUUUUUUCCCCGCAGAUAAAUCGUAGCGACGUAGCGUCGAUUUGAAACUCAAUGGAAAAUGAUCGAACGUAUAUAACACAUAGAGGUAGGUAUAACACGUGGAAAAUACUCGGAAGAGAAAAUGGAUCGGUUUUGUUUCUAUAAUGGGAACCUUUUUAUUCACCCUUUCCUCUUUAUUUCUUUCUUUCUUUCUUUUUUCGCUUUUUUUUUUUUUUUCUUUUUAUCGAUAAUCGAUCGCAAAUACGAAAAUGAAUGGGCCGACCGUUCGAAGAUGGAACAAAGGAGAGGGAAAAAAAAAGGGAUAUAUAUAUAUAUAGAUAUAUUAGUACGUGUAAUUCGUCUAACACUAAAGAACCUGGGGGAAGCAUUUUUAAAUACGUUCAUACUACAAACAGGUGUAAUUCAAUCGAAUCACUAAUCAGCUCUUCGGACGAAAACGAUGGAUUGUAUAGCUCAAUCUUGUGUAUGAAGGGUACUUAAUUGGAUUGUCAUUGAACGAACGACUAAUUAAGCUAUUCAUUGUAAAAAAUGAUUUCUACUUUUAUUUCAUAUCACCAAAAUUCAUAGUAAGAUCAAUUUUUAAUAGAACAGAACGCGGAAAAGAUCAGAACAUAUUUUUUUUCCUUUUUACACGAAAUUAAAAGUUGUUACGUAAUAAAAAAAAAAAAAAUAAUCGGCUGUUUCUGCACACACAAAAACGAAGAGAAUAUUACGUUUUUAUUGUUAAUUAAUUAAUUUUACUUAUUCAAUGGAAAUGUCUUCAAACGUUGACCGUUUAAUAAAACUUCAAGCUGUAAGAAUUAAAUAAGGGAUGGAUAAAAUGGGAAUAAAGUACAAGGAAAUUAGAAAUAUGAAUAAU